CACACCGUUCUCCCGUUCUUUUUCCCGGAGGGAUGACAACCUUGAUAUUUGGCGUCGGCGUGGGAUUAUUUUCCAUUCUUACUUUGUGGGUGCUGGUCGCGCUAAUAUUCCUGAUAUCGUUGCGCAUCGAAAAAAAGAUCGGCUGGGUCUGUAUAAUCGCGAUACUACUCGUGAGCGCAUUCACGUAUAUCUUGCUCAAAGUGCCGCGCGCGUCAGAGAGGUCUGCUCCCACGAACAAUAAGGUAUACGAUCGACUUUUCGUCUGGCGUAUAAUAAUUUUGAUUGUGUGUUUUAUCUCGUCCAUAAUUUCCAUUGUGGGAUAUAUCAAAUUCGGAUUGGUGGGAGGCGUUAGACCAGUUAGAAUAACCACCUGGGUUCUUUCUUUUGCGAAUAUCUUCAGUAUACUUUAAAUUAAUAAUGUACUCUUGCUCGCCCAACAAGCAUGAAGACGUUCAAUAUGCAAGAUUUAAUUUAUAAAUGUAAAAUUCAUCUUGCAUAA